UUGUCUCCACGAUGCAUGACGGAGGUUCUCUGUGUGUCUUGUUCUAGCUUUUGCUCUGCAUGCCUGCAGGAAUGUCUGAAGCCGAAGAAACCUGUUUGUGGCGUGUGUCGCAGCGCUCUGGCACCUGGCGUCCGAGCUGUGGAGCUCGAGCGGCAGAUCGAGAGCACAGAGACUUCUUGCCAUGGCUGCCGUAAGAACUUCUUACUGUCUAAGAUCCGGGCCCAUGUGGGCACCUGCUCCAAAUACCAGAAUUAUAUCAUGGAAGGUGUGAAGGCCACCACUAAGGAUGCAUCUCUUCAGCCAAGGAACAUCCCAAACCGUUACACCUUUCCUUGUCCUUACUGUCCUGAGAAGAACUUCGAUCAGGAAGGACUUGUGGAGCACUGCAAGUUAUCUCACAGCACGGACACCAAAUCUGUGGUUUGUCCAAUCUGUGCCUCAAUGCCUUGGGGAGACCCCAACUAUCGCAGCGCCAACUUCAUAGAGCACAUCCAACGCCGCCACCAGUUUUCCUACGACACUUUUGUGGAUUACGAUGUCGAUGAAGAGGACAUGAUGAACCAGGUGUUGGAGCGCUCCAUCAUCGAUCAGUGAGCAGCGCCUUCUGCCGUCUCAUGCUGUAGAGCUUCCAUUAUAUGUUAAAGUGUGAAACCUUUGACUCCUGCACCUUAACUGUACAACAGACCUGGAAUUGAGCCAUGGCAUUGGGACAGAGUCGAUUCUGACGGGGGCAGCGGGUCUCCAGGUGGAGCCCUUGUCCAUCAGGCCCUUGCUAAAGCCGUCUUUCCUACAGUUAACCUUGUCUGUCACACCAUCCAGUCUUACUGGCCCUCGGCUACUUCCGGGACCUCUGCUUCCUCUCCUGGAAGGGAAUCCAGCUUCUCCGCAGCCCCGUGUUCUUGUUUCACACCACUCUCCCAUGCAGUGUUCAUCUCUCAGGUCCUCCGAGCCAGCCGGGACCGUUUCCACAUCAC